UUCCUGAUCUUCACCAGCCACGGGAGUUUCUUCCUGCGAGCGGCCCGAAAACAGAGAAACCCGACGCCAGGUGAACAUACCUGGGAAUGAGGAAAGCCAGCAGCCAGGUGUGUUAAACAUGGCGGGGAGGAGUAACGUUACAGAGCCUGGCUCGACCGCUGGAAGCUGAACAAAGACGCUGCUGAUUACCGCAUCCGAAGAGCGGAAGUUGUUGAACGAAAACAGUCGGAGGGACCGAGACGGUGUUCAUUUAUUGCCUUGUGCAGCGUGGACAGAAGACUUGUCGGAGUUUAGGAGUUUGGAUAAUUCAGAAAGCACCUCUGGAGACAGGUGCUAUGAGCAGUGAGCUGAACGUGCCGAUGGGUUCUCCAGCCCCAGGGGUCUCAGAGCGGGCUCCGGACUGCGGGGGGAUGGACUACAGGGACUGGGUGCGACGCAGUUACCUGGAGCUGGUCAGCUCCAACCACCACUCCGUGCAGGCCCUGUCCUGGAGGAAACUCUACCUGAGCCGGGCCAAGCUGAAGGCCUCCAGCAGGACGUCUGCUCUGCUCUCCGGCUUCGCAAUGGUGGCCAUGGUGGAGGUGCAGCUGGAGAUGCAGUACAGUUACCCCCCUGUGCUCCUCAUUGCCUUCAGUGUGUGCACCACUGUGCUGGUGGCAGUGCACCUCUUCGCUCUGCUGAUCAGCACCUGCAUUCUGCCCAACGUGGAGGCCGUCAGCAACAUCCACAACCUCAACUCCGUCAGCGAGUCACCACACGAGCGCAUGCACCACUACAUCGAGCUGGCGUGGGGCUUCUCCACAGCGCUGGGCAUUCUGCUGUUUCUAGCAGAGGUGGUGCUCCUCUGCUGGAUCAAGUUCCUGCCCGUAGACUGCAGCGGGGCCAAAAAACCAAGCGCCUGUAGCCCCGCAGAGAAGCCGACGUCAGCCUCAUCUGAGUCGCAGGAGAGUGGCUGGAAGGCCGCGCUGGCCUCCACCAUCAUCAUGGUCCCAGUGGGGGUGAUUUUUGUGUUGUUCACCAUUCACUUCUAUCGCUCUCUGGUGCGCCACAAGACGGAGCGCCACCACCAGGAGAUCGAGGAACUGCACAAGAUUAAGGUACAGCUAGAUGGCCAAGAGAGGGGCCUCCAGACUGUGUGAUACCAUGCCUGCAGCUUUAAGGACUUCACUUUGUGUCUCAUAUUUAUCUCUUCUCUGACAUCUGUUCUGGUCCUUGUUGAUGCCUUACUGGGACUCGUAGACAGCGAGCUUUAAAGCUCCUCACUCUGCAGCACAGACAGCCCACACAUGUCAGACUGCUAAUUUAUUCUUAAGGUAAAGUUGCAUUGUGCAGUGCCAUGUCUGUGUUUUAAAUCUGUUUUAUGUUUAGGUAAAGGAUGUAAAAAGGUUUACAGAAAAAGGGCUACUAUGUUCUGUGUGCCAUUUUUGUGCCAUGUCUAUUUUUAUUGUAGGGUUUGGUGACAGUAACUGGUUCCAUUGGAAUCUGCUUCCAUGUUGGCAAAAUACCCUCAUUCACUCUGACGUCAGGUUUACACUGGACGCUGAAGUGCUACAAAGCACGAUGAUUUUCCGUGGACCAGUGCCCGCUUUCUUUGGCGCUCAUGUCAGAAUAGCCCCCGAGGUCUGCAGCCGGCUUGCAAUCCGAGCAAUAGUUCCGGUGUCUGGUCUGAUUUUUCCGUGAGUAAAUCUGGCAAGAAAACAUAGACCACCGCUGUAAAAUAGACGUUGAUAAAACUGUUGACAGGACACCUCCAACUGCAAACAAGGUCACUUAUGACUCUUUCUAUUCUGAAUUUUUGAGCCGUGGAGGUUAUAUGUUUGUAAACUUUCCUCAAGCAGAGAAAAACUGUUUUAAAAAUCUGUGACGUCAUCACAAUGUCAAGUGUAAGCGCCGAGCGGGGCCAGCAGGAGAAACACUUCUGCUCAUAUUCAGUGGGCCGCCUACCGGGGAAGUAAACCUGGAAGCUAUAAAAAAAUUUUGUAUGUAAUUGUAAUUGUGUAUGCACCAGGCGUGCAGCUCCAUUGGAAUAAAGUGGCUCCAUCUUGCCCUCGAGUCAUCCUAAAAUAUGCCUGGAAACGUCCAUCAUGGAGGAGAAGCUCCUGGACCAACUGGUGGUACUCCCCAUGAUCCAGCCUUUUAUUUAGGGUCUCAUGUACCCACACAGAUCUCUGUUUAUCUGCUGACAGCGUCUCACCCUCAACCAGAGCUACAGACAGUACCCUCUGCCUCAACAUGUCAGCAACAAGACACUAAUUACAGUAAAAUACAAAAAAAUAAACAUUACAUGGGACGGUUAGUGUAAGAAUGUAAUGGGGUGGUUGCCCGGCACGUGGCAUUCCAUUGAAAUAAAAAAGGCAUCACGGUGCUCCUCACGUUACGCAGCCUGCAAAAUGCUUUCUGUGUGAUCGGGGCCUCACGUGUGAUUAGAACAGAACAGAAUCUCUCGCUGACCAGCAAGGAGAAAUGCGCUUCUGGUGUGAGUGACAGUUGACAUGUCGGCGCGCUUCUGCUUCCAGUGUGAACUUGGCAUGAGGCCAAUAGGUCUCUUCUCAAAUGUUUUAUCUCCUCACUCCUUGCUAGCAAAGAGCUGCCAUCACUUUCACCAGAGGAAAUGGUAAAUGCCGUAAGUAACUCGCCAAUACACCAAAAUCCAACUUUAUAUUAUUGUGCUCUCCCUAACAUGAGUUUUGUGCUUAGCCAAAUACUGUUUGUUAUGGUGCUCUCACACCUGUCCUGUUUACUCUUGUAAACUCUUACUCUUUACUCUUGUAACUCCUGUGUACUCUUCUUCAACAUUUGGUUUACUUCCUGGAUUUUUCCCGCAUGGAAAUUCUGACCAAUCAAGAGCAGCUUUUUCACACAAGUCAUUUGAUCUGGUCCUCUUGUAAAUGCUGCCAUGAGAACACGAACCAACUCUAGGCAAUUAUACAACGUUGUAACAACAUGAGUCCCUGAUUCAGACCAAAGGAGACGUCUCUAGGUCUGACAGGACCCUAACAGAUAGAAGAAUCACUUCCUUAGAACACUCAAGGAUCAAAAUCUGAUCACAGAUCUGAUAGUUUUAGUUAUUUAUAGAUCCAGGUCUUUGCAAAUGUUAACUGGAUUCAAUAAGAGAUUUUAAUUGGAUUUAAUAUCCUGAUUUAAUAAACCCAACCCUGCUGCAUGGAUUAUGUGGUGAGUAAAGCCACAGUGUUUACACUUGACCACCUCUUUCGUCAGGCUCACAUGUUAUGUAAAACCGAGCUUGUUGUUUUAACUGUAAAGAGCUGAGUCAUCACACUGCCAGGACUUGUGUGUGUUUGUCUCUUUUCUGACUGAUUGAGGGGUUUUAAAGUCUUAAGAAAUGUUACAUUCUGUGUGAAAUUGUCAGAAAGUUGGUGUCACUGUUUUUCCGUCUGUCAUUUUCCUCCUUUAAAUAGCUUUUAUUGACUUUAACAAAGACCACAGCGCCUGUGUCAAAGGUGUCAAACCAACCGACUCUGCACAUUGAUGCUGCUCCAAGUGCUUCAAUAUGAAUGUUACUGUCCAAAUAUAGUUCUGCCUUACAGAAUUAAUGCCUUUUAUGAACUACUGUUUUACUAAAAGUCAGAACAGGAGCAGAUGGUUAUAGCUGGGAAUAUUGGGUGUGACAAAAUGUAAAAUAAUGAUGUUUAAAUGUUGAGUCAGAAGAAAGCCCAGAAGGGAUGGAGGAGAGAUGGGUAAGAGACAGAGUCAGAGUGACGUGUUGCCAUCAGCAUGACCCUGUGACCUCCUGUGUAUACAGUAUAUAUUGGUGACCUUUCAGUAAGUGCAGGUUCAUCAACACACACACACACACACACCUCCUUGGAUGAGGUUUGAAUAUGUUACUGUGUUUGACAAAACAAAAUGUACCAUCCUGUUGCCACAUUCCAAAUGAGAUGACUGACCAAAGUGUUGCUCAGUUUGUUUCUCGCUCCUCAGAAGAGACAGAAGUGCACUUGUAGUUUAGUUGUGCAGCGAGUCAGCGCAGAGAAUAUGUGUUUCGUCUCGUGUUUGUGGUUUUGUGCUUCUUCAGGGGAUGCUGCAGAGGUCAGGGAGACUUGUGUCGGGGAAAAUGAAAUUCACCGCCUGCGAGUUUCAUAAUAAAAACAUUGUUAAAAUUCA